GAACACUUCUUGGUUUGUAUUACUUGUUCAUAAUCUCCUAAAAGGACAAAUCUAGACAAAUAGAGGAUAAACGAGGGCUCCUCUUUUAAAGAUACCCUAACUGUCGUGUCCAAGGACAGAUUGAUAUUGUACUAUGGGUUUUGAAGAGUGCAACACCGCAAAGUCGUGAUGCCACCGCACCAGAGAGGAAUAAAAAUUCAGAAGAUUCUAAUGGAGAAGAACUAAAAGGAAGAAAUGAGCAGUUGGCACAUCACACUAAUACAAAAAUGCUGGGAAAAUGUACAUAAUCACAUGCAAUCCACGAUUAUCUCUCUCCAGGGUACGUCACAACCCACAACAACCGAUCGAAACCUUGUUUUUAUGCCAAUUAAGAACAAAAAAUAGAUUGGGACAAAGCUACAAAACCGUAAAGAGAUUACCGGCUCCAGUACCUGUCCACUCCACGGCAGCACUAACUCCCUCUGACCUCUGUACUACGUACAAAAAGGGAGGCUUCGGACUUCGGUUGCGCGGUCGCGAGUGCAGACGGCAGCGGCAGAGGAAGCGAGGAUGGCAUUGGCAGGAGGGGAGGCGCUGACCGCCGUGGACCACCGCGGCCACCCGGUCUCGCGGCGCUCCUCCGGCCGGUGGCCGGCCGCGCUCUUCGUCGUCGGGGUGGAGGUCGCGGAGCGGUUCGCGUUCUCCGGCAUCUCCGGGAACCUGAUCACGUACCUGACCGGCCCGCUCGGGCAGUCGACGGCGGCUGCCGCAGCGGCCGUCAACGCGUGGUCAGGCACGGCCUUGCUGCUCCCGCUGCUCGGCGCCGCCGUCGCCGACUCCUGGCUCGGCCGGUACCGCACCAUCGUCCACGCCUCGCUCCUCUACAUCCUGGGACUAGCCAUGCUCACCGUAUCAUCGGCGCAACCGGCGGCUGCGGCAUGCGAGGGCAGUACCGUAGACUCGGCCGGAUGCUCGGGGAACCUGCAGUCUGCUCUGCAAGUGGCCUUCUUCUACAUCUCACUCUACCUGGUGGCAUUUGCCUACGGCGGGCAGAAGCCCUGCGUCCUGGCGUUCGCCGCCGAGCAGUUCGACGGGAGCGACCCCGAGGAGCUCGCCGCGAGGGGCUCCUUCUUCAACUGGUGGUGCUUCGCCUCGUACGGCGGCAACGCCGUCACCGUCUCGGCCCUGAACUACGUUCAGGAAAGCGUAGGCUGGCAGUUCGGGUUCGGGAUCCCCUGCGUCGCCAUGGCACUCGCUCUCGCCGUCUUCUGGAUGGGGGCCAAGACCUAUCGCUUCUACCCUCCGGCGAGGAACGGCAGCCUGCUCGUGCAGCUCGGCGAGCCGCUUGUCGCGAGGAUUCAGUCUUGGCGCCUGUCAUGGCGUUCCAAAUUACCUGACGACUCAUUGCCCCUGCUUGCUAACGCUUCAUCAUCGUCAUCAUCCAAGGGAGACGAUGGCAACACGGAUUUUACUGAUCAUGAAGCCGCAUCGCUGCUCAAAUUGUUUCCGAUAUGGUCGGCCAGCCUGAUCUACGCUGUUGUCUUGUCGCAGUGGUCUACUUUGUUCACCAAACAGGCGAGCACACUGGACAGGAGAGUAGGCAGCCUGGUGGUACCAGCUGCAGCCCUGCAAAACCUGAGCCCUGCUGCGGUGAUGAUCUUCCUGCCAAUCUACGACCGAGUCUUCGUUCCACUAGCUAGGAAACACACGAAGAAACCUCACGGCAUCACGAUGUUGCAGAGGAUCGGCGUCGGGUUGGCUAUCUCGAUCGUUGCCACGAUCGUCGCCGCGCUGGUGGAGAUGAAGAGGCUCAGGGUUGCAGAAGACCAUGGCCUGCUGGAUGAGCCCGGAGCUGUUGUGCCUAUGAGCUUCUUGUGGGUGGUUCCUGAGUUGAUCCUGUCUGGGUUGUCCAAUGUGUUCGCGGCUGUUGGCUUGCAAGAAUUCUUCUAUGACCAGGUACCAGACUCUCUCCGCAGCUUGGGAGCAGCUCUGGCUUUGAGCAUUGGUGGGGUUGGCAACUUCAUCAGUAGCUUCCUGGUGUACGCCAUUGAUAAGGUGACCAGUAGCAGGGGAGAGAGCUGGUUCUCCAACAAUCUCAACAGGGGGCAUCUCGAUUACUUCUUCUGGCUUCUUGCCGCGCUCAGUGCCUUGGGGUUCUCUGCUUACCUGCACUUUGCACGGCUUUAUGUCCAUAAGAAAAGGGACGCUGCAGUUUUAGUACAGUGAUGGUACAAACAAAGAUACAGAGUACAGGACAAUUCAGUGUAACACCAUGAAAAACCAUGGCAAGCAGUAAUAAAGGAAGCUUGUCACGGAAAUUAAA